CCCAGCCUGGCCAGCGCAGCGUACUUCCGCGCAUGGCCUUGCUGCCGCGGGCGCUGAGCGUUGGCGCCCCGAGCCUGCGGCGGGCUGCGCGAGCGGUCUGCGCCAUGGCGUGCAGGCAGGAGCUGCAGCCGCAGGGCGCGCCGUGCGCCGCGGACUGCUUCGACUACUUGGUGAUCGGCGGCGGCUCGGGUGGACUGGCCAGCGCGCGCAGGGCGGCGGAGCUGGGCGCCAGGGCCGCGGUGGUGGAGAGCCACAGGCUGGGCGGCACUUGCGUAAAUGUCGGAUGUGUACCCAAAAAGGUAAUGUGGAACACAGCUGUCCACUCUGAAUUCAUGCAUGAUCAUGUUGAUUAUGGCUUUCAGAGUUGUGAGAGUAAAUUCAAUUGGCGUGUUAUAAAAGAGAAGCGAGAUGCCUAUGUGAGCCGCCUGAACACCAUCUACCAAAAUAAUCUAACCAAGUCCCACAUAGAAAUCAUCCAUGGCUAUGCAGCAUUUGCAGACGGUCCACAGCCCACUAUUGAAGUCAAUGGGAAAAGAUACACUGCUCCUCACAUCCUGAUUGCCACAGGUGGUGUGCCCUCAAUUCCUCAGGAGAGCCAGAUUCCUGGUGCGAGCCUGGGAAUAACCAGUGAUGGGUUUUUUCAGCUGGAAGACCUGCCUAGCCGCAGCGUCAUCGUGGGUGCAGGCUACAUUGCUGUGGAGAUAGCUGGGAUCCUGUCUGCACUGGGCUCCAGGACAUCACUUAUGAUAAGGCAUGAUAAGGUACUUAGAAAUUUUGACUCACUGAUCAGUUCCAACUGCACUGAGGAGCUGGAGAACGCUGGUGUAGAGGUGCUGAAGUUCUCACAGGUUAAAGAAGUUAAAAAGACACCUUCUGGCCUGGAACUUUCUGUGGUUACUGCAGUUCCUGGUAGGAAGCCUACUGUGACGGUGAUUCCAGAUGUUGACUGCCUACUCUGGGCCAUUGGACGGGACCCAAAUUCCAGGGGCCUGAAUCUAAACAAACUGGGGAUUCAAACUGAUGAAAAAGGUCACAUCAUCGUAGAUGAAUUCCAGAAUACCAGUGUCAGAGGUGUCUAUGCUGUUGGAGAUGUCUGUGGAAAAGCACUUCUCACCCCAGUUGCAAUAGCUGCUGGCCGAAAACUUGCACAUAGACUUUUUGAAUGCAAAGAAGAUUCCAAAUUGGACUACGAGAACAUUCCUACUGUGGUCUUCAGCCACCCCCCUAUUGGGACAGUGGGCCUCACUGAAGAUGAAGCCAUUCAUAAAUAUGGAAAAGACAAUGUGAAAAUCUACUCAACUGCCUUUACCCCACUGUAUCAUGCUGUGACCACAAGGAAGACAAAAUGUGUGAUGAAAAUGGUUUGUGCCAACAAAGAGGAAAAGGUGGUUGGGAUCCACAUGCAGGGAAUUGGCUGUGAUGAAAUGCUGCAGGGCUUUGCUGUAGCAGUGAAAAUGGGAGCCACCAAGGCUGACUUCGACAACACGGUUGCCAUUCACCCCACCUCUUCAGAAGAGUUGGUCACCCUCCGCUGAGAGCCCAGAGGCACGUGUGUGGCUACAGUCAAGCCAGCGGACCCCUGAGCUGAGCCAACCAUCAUUUACUGCCCAUUUCAGUUCUUUGUAUUUCUUGAUUUUAAUCAGGAUCUUCUGGUAGUGUAAAUUUUUAGUAAAGAAUAGGGCUUAAUAAGCCGGGCGUGGUGGUGCACGCCUUUAAUCCCAGCACUUGGGAGGCAGAGGCAGGCGGCUGUCUGUGAGUUCAAGGCCAGCCUGGUCUACAUAGUGAGUUCCAGAACAGCUGGGCCUACAGAGAGACCCUGUCUCAAAAAAGCAAAAAAAAAAAAAAAAAAAAAGAAUAGGGCUUAUUUAUGCAAUCAGAAACUUGUUCAUUUAAGAUUGGUUUUCACUGGAUCAAAUUUCAUAAUUAAUAUUUUAAAGUUUUUUAUUAACAGCUCUGUGCUAGUUUUUUUCCUUGUUUCAGCCUCAUUCCAAGUAUAAAAUUAUAUGAAGUACACUGAAGUUAAUGAACACGCAUGGAUGAAUACAACUGAUUUUUUUUUUUUGAGACUCUAAUUAUGCAGCUAAGGGUGGCCCCAAACUCAUGAUCCUCCAGCUUCAGCCUUGGCAGUAGUAGAGUUACAGGCAUGACCACAGCUGUCCUAGUGUGCUCAUUUCUGCAGAAUACAAUGGCAACUCUUCGGUUACAAAUAAUGUGGGUCUACAGAAUCUGCCUGUGUACUUGAAGCCAGGACUUUGUUCUGCAUAUUACAAAGCUACCUUCAGGAUGCAGCCUUUCCGUCUCCAUUUUAUUCUUUGCUUUGUUUUAAAUGAUUUUGAAUGGUUUGUGUUAUUUUUAUGAGAUGAAAUGUAUUAAACUUAGGAGCAUUAAGGAGACUGGGUAGAUGGGUGAGAGACAUCCUAGAAGUGAUUAUGUUAUGUUUUUGGGCAGGGGUAGUUGAACCAUUUCAGGAGUCCUUUUCUCUAAGAAUUCGGUUUAGUCAAUCAUUUCAAUAUUUGUGUUCUUGUCAUUCUAUUUUUCAUGAAAACUAUUCCAAAAAUUUGAAAAGCACUGCAUUGUCUUAUAAAAUUUAUUAUGAA